UUCCAUCCGUGAGCUUGUUACACAUCGGAGGCAUGUAUCCUUGCAAGGCCGUUCUUCCAUCGCAUGCUAUCCUUUCCUUGUGAACCGAACGUUCUUCUAUGGCAUCGCCGGCUCGCCGGAAUUCCAAAACCUGCUCGGUCACGUAUAAGACGUCUGCAACCCAUCCAUCCAUUCCACAUUCAGACCUGUGAUUUUGACCCCAUGGACUCGACCCUGCCGCGUCUUCUUCCUCCUCUCCCGUCGCUUCAUCACCAGCGCCGUGCGUACCGUCCGAAGAUCAUCCCAGGAGAUCACGAUGGCCCCGGCGGCGGUGGCAGAUCGAUGCCGGCGCGUGUCAGGACGACGGGCAGAGGAGGACGAAACGCCGGCAAGUUCCGCGCGAAAGGGCUGUUCGGCGCCGGCGGAGGCGGCGACGGGCUCCGGGCCGUGAUGAGGAUGGUGAAGCUGAACUCGGCCAUCCAGAACCGGAGCGUCAGGGAGCUGCUCGAGCUCGUCGGCGACGAGUGCCUCUACUUCCUCGGCAACCUCCGGUCCGUUGACGUUUCCCAGCUGGGCAAGGACAUGUUCCUGCUUCUCCACGCGCUGUUGGUCCGGCACCACGUGUCGCUCGUGCUCAAGCCGUCGCCGGACGAAGCGGGCUUCGACCUGGGCAUCAAAUGGUCUCUAGAGUGGAAGGGGCAGAAGCUGCCCUGGGACCUAGACUGCAACAUCUCCACCACGCACGUCUACAGGGGCCUCCUGCUCAUCAGCCAAGUUAACAAGACCUGCGUGCCACUCCUCCAGAGGAUUCUUGGGAUCAUCCAGCAGAAUUUGGACGCUGUAAUUUUGACUAUUGUCAACAAGGUCCUGCCUGAAGGUACCCUUGACGAGAAGAAGACCAGCACCAUCAUUUUCUGCGUCAUCAUUAGUCUGGUGGUCAUGAUCCUGUUCUACGCCUUGUUCAAGAACUUGUAGGUUCAGGAGAGCAAGGCACGAUUAUCCACUAUUGUACAGUUACCAAAACCUUCUUGUAAAUCAUCAGCACAUCAAGCAGAAACAGAAACACCAAAUUCUGGACAUGGCCAACCAUAAUGCAGCACAUGUUGGAUGCAAA